AGUACAAAGCCGCCCGUUUCUUCUAAAAAGCAUAUUCCUCGAUCGUAUUUCUUCCGUGCUUGCUGGAACAUACUUUUUAUAUUCCUCUCUAUUACCUUUCCUCUACUUUGUCACUUUGAACUCUCUGCAUUGGAAACCUGACCUCACUAUCUCGCCUAUUCUACGAGAAAAAUGGUUCAUAUCAAGGAGUUUCGGAUUGUCAUGCCCGUGUCGUUGGAAGAGUAUCGUGUGGCACAUAUGUUCGUUGUGAUGAAGAUGUCACAACAGCACACGACUGGGGAGGAAGGGAUAGAAGUCGUAGAGAACAGACCCUUUGAAGACAAUGCCCUUGGGAAGGGUCGAUACACAAAUAAAAUUUAUCGCCUUCAAAGCAAAAUUCCAUCUUGGCUUACUACUUUUGCACCAGCAGAUGCUCUCAUUAUGCAAGAGGAAGCGUGGAAUGCAUUCCCAAUAUGCAAAUCAGUAAUGAAGUGCCCAUAUUUUCCCAGGUUUCAGUUAAGGAUUGAAACUGUUCAUAGGCCUGACAACGGGCAGUCAGAAAAUGUGCAUGGCCUGAGUGAAGAACAACUGGCAGCUAGGGAGGUGGAAUACAUUGAUAUAGCUUCUUCUGAAGGGAACUAUUGGAGUUAUCUAGUUGGAAAUAACAAUAUGGACUUCUCAAUAUUCAAAUCAGCAAGAACAGGUCGUGGUCCACUUUUGGAGGGAUGGCAGGAUAGAUGUGAUCCUGUUAUGACAACGUACAAAUUGGUAACAAUUGAUGCACCAUACUGGGGCUUUGGAUAUCGACUCGAACAAGCUCUAAUAGCGGUAACACCUAGUUGGUUACAAUCAUUCUUGAUAUAUAAACUUUCAAUAAAAUUUAUUUGGUGAAGACAGACGAGUUAAACAUUCUUUUCCUAUCAUCUGAGAAGGAGGCCAUACAUCUCUAAUUUUCACUUGUCCAUGGCCUUCCAGUUCUUAAGGAUCCUGCUGGGGCAGGGCUUGACGCAACUCUGCAUGUAUGGAAAACAUAGUUCACAUCUCCCUCUUCUCUGUUCUUCCAAGAUGAUCUAUUUGCUUAUUAAAAAGGAAGAUUAUAGAUUUAAGGGACUUGAUAGAGAGGUUAUAUAAUUUUUCUUGGGAAAUAGUUUGCAGGACUAAGAUGCCGAUUUGAAAAGGGCAGAUUUUAUUAAGUGAAAUACUGCAUGAAAUUAUAAAGAGAGAAAUUAUGGAAAGAUUGAGAGUUUUCUGAAUGGACAACGGGAGAAAAGAAGAGUUAUACAUUGAAAGAGAUAUGGAAAACCUUAGGCUUUUUACUGACUAGCAGCACGAUGUUGGACGAACAACAAUUAAUUAUACUGAAGUUAAGAAGCUGAAGAUACCAACAGUUAUAAUUGCUAGAGUAUCAUUACCUUUAUCUCUUCCUGUAUAUUCUAUUCUUCUUAAUUUCCUUAUAUUUUCAAUAUAUUUAUUUUGGUUGAGUAUACAUUAUUAUGCCCUAGAUUUCUUGUUGCAUACAAGAUAAACAGGAUUUGUUAAAGUUUUCCUUACCGCCAAGGAGUGAAAAACCUUACUGAUGAUUUUUAUGU